AUGAGAUCUGAGUAUCUCUAUUGGCGGGAGCAGCUGGGCCAGGUAAUCUGGCAACUCCGGCAGCCCGCCAGGACGAGAUUUACCCUCGACGGUUUCGAUCCAGCAGUCCGUGCGCUACUCGAUCCAUGCUCGGACGUUCCAUCCAUACCAGGUUCGCCACCUCCAGCCGUUGAUUCGACAUCCGAGGAGCUAACCCUAGCUCCAUCCUCGUCACGGGUUGUGCGACUAACCGUCGUGCCCAAGGUAGCCGUGAUCAACGAGAAGGAAGAGGGCCCAGUCGACGUGCUUCCGUGUUUAAGCAAGCCACCUGAGCUCGACGAAGAAGCAUCACCCGUCAUGGAUCUGUCUACCUUUGUGGACCGGAUCGCCGCAGAACGGCCACCAUCACCACCAUUCAUCCUUGCCGCUGUUGUAGACGAAAAGAUAGCGACAUCCGUGGCCGCUCAUCCAUCAACCGGAGAGCUAGCCCUAGCUCGAACGAUCACGGUCGUUCGUCCAUCAACCGCCAAGAACAAACCCUCACCUGUGAUCAUCACCAUCAAUAACGACGACGACGAUGCAGCAAUUCUGUUAAUCACGACAGCCAAAGUUUGCCUCAUCACGGGGAGGAUUGGCUACCGGAGAAAGAGGAGGAAAGGACGAAUUAAAUCGUGA